UGCUGCGCGUUCGCACCCGCUGCUGCUGCUGCUGGGCGGUGGAAGGAGGAACCGCUGCCCGCUCGCUCCUGCAGCCGCCGCCGCGCUGGAGGUCCGGGCAGCAGCUCCCUGAUUCAGCAGCAGGGAGAAGACAUUAGGCAGCCUGGCCUGGCGCUUUGCUACUGCCCCCCUCCCUGCGGCGCACACGCCUCUCUCCCUCCCUCCCGCUGGCUUCUGCUCCAUCGAUGGAGCAGUGAAGGAUGGUGCCAGGCCCUGGCGAAGCGACAGCAGCAGCCUCGUCGGCCGUCUUACAGCCCUUCAAGGUUCCUGCUAGGUACUAAAUUAAUAGAGGAAACUGAUACUAAAGUCAUAUCUUCUCCGAACAGCUGGUCGGAAGCCUGGUUGUCAUUGCCUGCCUGGUGUAAAAUGGCAUUUGAGCUCAGCAUUCAGUUCUUGUUGCUGUGGGCAAUCACAGGGUAUUUCUGUGAACAGUGCAGGGAAGGUGCCACGUACUCAGCUGCAGUGAUAUCUCCUAAUUUAGAAACCACUAAAAUCAUGAGGGUUCCCCAUGCCAUGUCAACGUCCGACUGCACAGCGGCUUGCUGCGAUCUUUCAGGUUGCGACUUGGCCUGGAUGUUUGAACGGCGCUGCUACAUUGUGAACUGCCAACAUAAAGAAAACUGUGAACCCAAGAAAAUUGAAACAGUGAAAUCGUAUCUUACGUUCGUUCUUAGGCCUUCCCAAAGGCAAGGUGCGUUGCUAGGGUAUGGGGAGGUGCUGCCCAACAGGGUUCACUCUGUGGGACUGCAGGGGGGGCCCUCUGAGGAAGUGAGUAACCUGAAGGAGCUGUCUUUGCUGAGUAAAGAUCACAGGGUUGAGGAGAUGCCUGAAUACACCGAUGACUACAGGGACUUGGAGCAAGACCCCUUUCAGAUGAGCACCAAGCACGAGCCGAAAGAGAGCUCUGAUUACACGGACUGGGGCCUGAUGGUGGCCAGUGAACAUGGCUUUAACUCUUCAGUCUCUGAUUCCGGUGACAACCCUGAAGGUUUGUCUGAAGAGCAGAGGGAAGACUCACGACUGGAAAAUCUCAGGACUAAAAGCGGGUCCGAGUCUAACGCUGUCACUGUUGAACACACCAAGGAGAAGCUGCCAUCUCUCGCUGAGGUGACCUGGUCCCCAGUGGAGUCCAUGGAAAGUGAAGCAGCCAGACAACCACUUGUGCAAGCCAGUGACAACCUGGGGAAAGAGGAUCUAACGCCUUCCCAGAACCCUCUUUCAGACAAUCUGGAAUCUACCCAAGCUAUUGCAGAGAGAACCCAAAUCCCAACGACAGCUCCAAGGAGUCUGACACAAGAUGGGCUCAUACCACUUCCAGCUAGUGCUGUGCUCUCUCAGCCCACUGUCAUACAGCCCUUCUUUUCUCCUACCCCUGCUGCCAAAGCAGUAAAAGAACUCAUGGUGUCCGCUGGAGAUAACCUACAGGUGAUUCUGCCGAAAAAUGAAGUUGAACUGAAUGCCUUUGUUGUGCCGCCACCCCCCAAAGUCCCAGAAACAAGCUACAAUUAUAAGUGGAGCUUGAUUAGUCACCCUGCUAACUAUGAGGGUGAAAUGGAGUGGAAGCAUACACAGGCACUGAAACUCUCUCAACUGUCAGUAGGCCUCUAUGCCUUCAAAGUGACCGUUUCCAGUGAAAACGCAUUUGGAGAAGGAUUUGUAAAUGUCACUGUCCAACCAGCUGUCAGAGCGAACCAACCACCUGUAGCAGUUGCUUCCCCCAAUGAACAGGAGGUGUCUUUGCCCACAACUUCUACCUUCAUUGAUGGCAGUCAAAGUAGAGAUGACGCUAAGAUAGUGAGUUACCACUGGGAGGAAAUUAAAGGUCCCUUGCGAGAACAGAAGGCAUCAGCUGAUACGCCCGUUUUGCACUUGUCUAACCUUGUUCCUGGAAACUAUACUUUCCGGUUAACAGUAAUCGAUUCUGAUGGAGCAGCUAACUCCACAAUUGCAUCUCUGACGGUCAACAAACCAGUGGAUUACCCGCCCAUUGCCAACACAGGACCAAAUCAGGUGAUAACUUUGCCCCAAAACUUCAUCAUAUUGAAUGGAAACCAGAGCAAUGACGAUCAUGAGAUUGUCAGCUAUGGGUGGUCGCUUAGCCCCAAAAGUAAAGGCAAAGUAGUAGCAAUGCAGGGAGUGCGGACACCAUACCUCCAGUUAUCUGCAAUGCAGGAGGGAGAUUAUACAUUUCAGUUGACUGUUACGGACUCAGCUAGACAGCAGGCCACAGCUGAGGUCACAGUGAUUGUACAGCCUGAAAAUAACAGUCCUCCAGUAGCGGUGGCUGGUCCAGAUAAAGAGUUAACAUUUCCGGUAGAAAGCACUACACUGGACGGAAGCAAAAGCCAUGAUGACCAAGGCAUUGUUUUCUAUCACUGGGAAAAUAUCAGUGGGCCAACCCCUGUGCAAAUGGAAAAUAUUGACAAAGCAGUGGCAACUGUAAGUGGUCUGCAAGUUGGUACCUAUCACUUCCUCUUGACUGUGAAAGACAGCCAGGGAUUAAGCAACACAGCCACACUCUCUGUUACUGUUAAAGAAGAAAACAACAGUCCUCCUCGGGCUCAUGCCGGAGGCAAACACGUUCUUGUGCUUCCCAAUAACUCUAUAACCUUGGAUGGCUCCUGGUCUACUGAUGACCAAGGAAUUGUAUCUUAUCUGUGGAUUCGAGAUGGCCAAAGCCCAGCAGCUGGGGAUGUGAUACAUGGCUCAGAUCAUGAAGCAGUUCUGCAGUUAACCAAUCUUGUGGAAGGUCUCUAUACUUUUCACUUGAAAGUCACAGAUGCUAAAGGAGAUUCAGCUGUUGACACUGCUACGAUUGAAGUGCGGCCUGACCCUAAAAAAAAUGGCCUGGUGGAGUUGAUUUUGCAAGUUGGGGUUGGCCAGCUGACUGAGCAACAAAAGGACACCCUGGUGAGACAACUAGCAGUGCUGCUGAACGUCUUGGAUUCAGACAUCAAAGUUCAGAAGAUACAAGCCUAUUCAGAUUUAAGCACAGCGGUUAUAUUCUACGUGCAGAAUGGGCAUCCUUUCAAAGUAAGAAAGGCUUCAGAUGUCACACGGAUGCUGCAUGUGCAGCUGCUGAAGGAGAAGGCUGACUUCCUGCUUUUUAAAGUUCUGCGGGUUGACACAGUUGUCUGCCUCUUAAAAUGCUCUGGACAUGGUCACUGUGAUCCCAUCACAAAGCGUUGUAUUUGCUAUCAGCUAUGGAUGGAGAACUUGAUCCAGCGUUACCUAACUGAUGGAGAGAGUAACUGUGAAUGGAGCAUACUCUACGUGAUGGUAUCCACUUUCAUUCUGAUUGUGCUCUUGGUGGGCUUAGCAUGGCUCUGCAUCUGCUGCUGCAAAAGCAGAAAGAGGACAAAAAUAAGAAAGAAAACCAAAUACACCAUCCUAGAUAACAUAGAUGACCAGGAGAGGAUGGAGCUAAGGCCCAAAUAUGGUAUAAAACACAGAAGUACAGAACACAAUUCCAGUCUGAUGGUUUCAGAGUCUGAAUUCGACAGCGACCAGGACACUAUCUUUAGCAGAGAAAAGGUCGAAAGAGAGAAUCCAAAGAGCAUCAUGAAUGGGUCCAUCAAAAAUGGAGUUUCUUUCAACUACAGCUUGAAAGACAGAUAACUGAAUGAGUGUAAAAUGAAAAGAUGUGCUGAUCUGACACACCAAGAAAGAGUUGAUCCACCUUUUGUUUUUCAAAAUCAAAAGCUUCCUAAAAUAUAUUCUGACAGUGGGUGAAGAAAAUUUCCAGUGCCAUGGAGGGGGGAUUAAACAAACAACUAACUCUUGUCAUUGGUGUAAGAAGUACAUUUAUUGCUCGUUUACUCUGUGCUGAAUAUUUAUGCAUAAAUUUCAGCAGACAUUUUCCCUAUAGUAGACAGAUGAAUCACUGCUGUGACCCCAGUCAAGAGUGUUAUGUUACUAACAAUGGUGACUGAGGCUGUGAGCUAUAUUCUGGUUGUGUCUUUACUUUGUUUCUGUUACUCGGAGCUCUGUUACAUUAUGUUAUGUAUCUAAUGUAAAACAGUAAAAGCCAAUAUUCAGAGUUUCCCUGUUAUCUGCAAAAAGCAGAGUUUGGCUACAAGCUCCAUCUUCAUAUACGGUUCUUAAGUUGAAUACAAAAAGGGGAAAAUUUGUAGGUAGCAUUUUUAGUACAUAGUAUUUAUCUUUAUGCCCUGCUUUGACUGGUUUUUAAGGUAGCACGCAUAAGGUGAAAAUGACUCUGUUUAAGGGACAUUUAUUAUCUAGCAGUUUCACUUAAUCAGCUGCAAGCUAAUGUGAUACAAAUGUAUCCUUUUGCUUGAAUAUUAGGGGUCGUCUUGUUUACUUUUAGUUCGAGGUUUGGCUCUCUUGGGCUAGGGAGGAGGGCAAGACUGUCUUGACUGUUGAGCUCCUGUUCAUAAUUAUUGUUCAGCACCCAGAAAUUAUUGCUCCAUCACCUCCCUGAAAUCUGCAUAAGGGGAUCCAGUUUGUACGUUGACUUCAUUUGUUCAUGGCUACAGUGGUGGGAGAGACAGACCUUUUCAGCUGAACUUCAGUACCUGGAAAGUUAAUGGAGUAAAUAAGCAAUUUGCAAAGACCUUGAACAACAUAAAGGUGGUAAGUAACAGUAUGAAUUUGUCAAGAAUGGUGUCAAACCAACUCACCAUCUUUUCUUUGACAGGGUACCAAGCUUUGUGAAUAGGGAAAGUGAUAGAUGUGGCAUAUCUAGACUUUAGGAAGGCUUUUUGUCUCUCAUGACCUUUUCAUAAAUAAGCUAGGGAUAUACAGGGGGAUAUUCAGCCUACAUGGUGCUACUGUAAGGUGGGUGCAUAACUGGUUGCAAAAGUGGUCCCAAAUAGUAGUUAGUUGGGUUCACAGUCAAGCUGGAAGGGUUCACAGUCAAGCUGGAAGGGCAUAUUAUGAGAGGUCCUGCAAGAAUCCGUUCUGGAUCCAGUUCUGUUCAAUAUCUUCAUCAGUGAAGAUAAUAGCAUAGAGUACACUUACAACGUUUACAGAGGAUACUAGGCUGAGAGGUUGAAAGUGAUUUGGAGGACAGGAUUAAAAUUUAAAAAUGAUCUGAGUAAAGUAGAGAAAUGAUGUGAAGUAAAUAGGAUGAAAUUGAAUAAGGAUACAUAUAACGUACUCUUCUUAGGAAGGAACAAUUUAUUUGCCCACAUACAAAGUAAGAAAUGCCUAAGAAAUAAAAAGGAGCACUGCAGGAAAGGAUCUAGAAAUCAUAGUAGAUCACAAGCUAAAUGAGUCAAUAGUGUAACACUGUCACAAAAAGAGCAAACAUUACCUGGGAUGCAUUAACAGGCAUUUUGUAAGCAAGACAUGAAAAGUAAUUUUUCCGCCUAUCUCCAUGCUAAUUAGGCCUCAACUGGAGUAUUGUUCCAGUUCUGUGUGCUACAUUUCAGGCAAGAUGUGGACAAAUUGGAGAGGAUGUAGAGAAGAGCAACAAAAGGAAUUAAAGAUCUAGAAAACAUGACCUAUGAGGGAAGAUUGAAAGAAUGGGUUUGUUAGUCCGAAGAAGAGAAGAGACCAUAAGAGGGGACAUAUCAGUUUUCAAGCACAUAAAAGAUUGGUACAGAGAGGAGGAAGAAAAAUGGUUCGUGUUAUCCUCCGAUGAUAGGACAAGAAGCAAUGGGCUUAAAUUGCAGCAAGGAUGGUUUAAGUUGGACA